UGUCUUUAAUUUUCCCUCAAAUACUGCUCGGUCUCCUUCCCCUAUUCCUCCCCGGACCCUCUUUGCUUCUGCUUCGUCGUUUCCUUUUCCUACGAUAACAAUUAAGAAGAAGAAGAAGAAUGGCGGAGAGCCCACUCCACAUCGUGGUGUUCCCGUGGCAGGCGUUCGGGCACAUGAUCCCCUACCUGGAGCUGUCCCGCUCGCUGGCCGCCCGCGGGCACCGCGUCUCCUACCUCUCCGCCCCGCGCAACAUCCAGCGCCUGCCCACCCACUCCGCCCACCCCCUCAUCCGCUUCGUCCCCAUCCCCUUUUCUUCCUCUUCCGCCUCCCUCCUGCCCCCGGGCGCCGAGUCCACCGCCGACCUCCCCUCCGCCGACGCCCCCGACCUCCUGCUGGCCGCCGUCGACUCCCUCCGAGACGCCGUCGCCGACUUCCUCUCCUCCGCUGACCCCAAGCCCGACUGGAUCAUCCACGACUUCGCCCCCUGCUGGCUGCCCGCCAUCGCCGCCGACUUCGGCAUCCCCUGCGCGCUCUUCAACACCUUCCCCUCCUUCUUCGUCGCCUUCACCGCCCCCUACCUCUACGGCCCCCCGCCGCCGCAGAAGCCGCAGCCGCAGGAGCUCCCCGCCAGCCUGGUCUUCCGCCCCUACCAGAUCCGCCAGCUGAUGGGGGCCGCCCAGCGCAGCACCGCCGCCGUCAAUGUCGCCGAACGCUGGCGCACCGCCCGGGCCCAGGCCGAGUUCAUGGCCAUCCGCGACUGCGACGAGCUCGACGCCGACUGGCUCGCCAUUCUGCACGGCUUCUUCGACAAGCCGGUCGUUCCCGUCGGCCUCCUCCCUCCCGCCCGAAACGCCGGCGCGGACUCGGAUCCGCAUUCGUCGAGCAUCGUCCGCUGGCUGGACGGACAGCCUCCCUCCUCCGCGGUCUACGUUUCCCUGGGGACGGAGGCCACGCUGGACGCCGACCUCCUCCGCGAGCUCGCCCUCGGGCUCGAGUUGUCCGGCGCGCCAUUCGUCUGGGCGCUGCGGGCGCCGGCGGAGCUGCUUCUUCCGGAGGGUUUCGUGGCCCGAAUGGGCGACAGCGGGCGGGGAGUGGUGGCGACGGGGUGGGUCCCGCAGCUGGAGAUCCUGGGCCACCGCGCGGUCGGGGUGUUCGUGACGCACUGCGGCUGGAGCUCCAUCAUCGAAGGGCUGGGCUUCGGGCGGCCGCUGGUGAUGCUCCCCGUCCUGCACGACCAGGGGAUCAACGCGCAGGCCGUGGCGGCCAAGAAGGUCGGCGUCGAGAUCGAGCGGGACCUGGAGGACGGAUCCUUCACCAAGGAGUCGGUCGCCCGGGCGGUGAGGCUCGUCCUCGCAGAAGAAGCAGGCGAGGAGAUCAGGGCGAAUGCCAAGAAGAUGGAGGGCAUUUGCGGAAACAGGGAGUGCAACGAAAGGUAUGUGGAUCGUCUGGUUCAGCUGCUCAGAGAUCAUCAUUCUCCUCCUGCUGCUGCUGCUGCUGCCUGCAAGUAGAAUUCGGUCCAGGACUCGGAUAGGCGAAUAAAAUGUGUUUCUUUAGUUUCCUCCUCCUCCUCCUUGCUCUUCUGCUGCUGCUGCUGAGAUUGGUGAGUUGGUGGUAAUUGUUGUCCCUAUUGUUGUUGUUGUUUUUAUCGCCGUCUCCUCUUGCUGGUGAUGCUUUUUAACCAUUUUUUGGCCACAAGCAUUGGCAAGUGUUUUUUCUUUUUAGGGGAAUUUCAAAUUUGUACUGGUAAGUGUUGGAGAUUACUCGUUAAUAAUUGCAUGUUUCGUUUUGGUCUUUACUACGAUA